CAUGCUCCAUAUGCAAACACAACUUUUUAAAAAAAAAAAAAAAAAAAAAACUGACUGUUCAUCGAGAACAUUUACAUCAAGAACAUUCCCUGUUAGGAUAAGAACAUAUCCAAGAGCACACAUUCUGCAGAAGUUCCAUGCACAUUGUCAGUCUCUUGCGGCCAACAGCAAUGCAGGAUAUCAAAGGGAAUUUGAGGAGCUGUGUGACAAUGCAAAGGAGUUCUCAUGCAGGGCUGGAGAGCUGGAUGCCAAUAAAAACAAAAACAGAUAUCCUUUCAUUUUACCCUAUGACCACUGCAGAGUUAAGCUGUCUUUAUUAGAGUCACAACCACACUCAGACUACAUCAAUGCCAGCUAUGUGCCUGGCGGCUGUACAGAACAUGACUUCAUCUGUACUCAGGCUCCUUUGCCAUCAACAAUGGCUGAUUUCUGGCGCAUGGUCUGGGAGCAAAAUGUACAGGUUAUCAUCAUGAUGACAGCACUAAAAGAGAGCGACAAGGUGCUAUGUAAUCAGUACUGGCCUCCUGAGAGAGGCACUGGCUGUUAUGGGGCUCUGCAGGUCACCACCAUGUCCCGUCAUCAUGGUCCAUACUGCUACAUCACCACCAUCCACCUACGACAGCAUGGCAGCCCUACAGAUAGACACAUAACGCAUUACUACUACCCUGGCUGGCCUGAUCAGGGUGUUCCAAAGGACCACACCACUCUCAGCAACUUCACUGAGCAUGUGCGGAAGCUGCUGGAUGAUAUUCCACGCUUAGGCCCCACAGUCGUUCACUGCAGUGCAGGCAUAGGUCGCUCUGGAACAUUUGUAGCAAUACUGUGGUUGAUGCAACUCUGUGCAAGGGGGAUUCCGCCUGAUGUACAUCUCGCUGUCCGAGACCUGCGCAGACACAGAGUGUUGAUGGUGCAAAAUGUGGAGCAAUACAUACUUGUGCAUCAGUGUUUACUUCACUGGCUAGCUGGGAACACGGAGAGACCAAAAACCCGGAAUACUGUGGUGCAUUUCCAGGCAGCACAGCCACAAACAGACAGGCAAUCCAGAAGGGAACGGAAAAAGCAGAGGAGAAAUUCUGGCCAUACACACCGCCCUGAGUCCACCCACUCCUCUCUUCAAGUGUCACACACCCCCCAGCCUCAGCACACAGCAUGGCAAUCCCUACGGGAUUCCCUGCACGCUUUUAACCCUGGAAAACUCCUGCAGAGGAUAAUGCCUCCGUCUUCUCAACUCACCAACUCACAAACACAACACACACAACUGUAGGGCAGAUACACACACACACACACACACACACACACACACACACACAGGUACUCACUAGCAAAGCAUACAGUGGUCUAUUGUUAGAGUAGUGUUCAAUAUGUAGCUGCAUUGCUGAUUUUGUUUCAGAACAUGUCAAAGAAACAUGAAUCAUAUUUAGUGCUGAGCUAGGAUUUUAGUUUGUGUACAGUAACCAAAAUAAACAACAGCGGCUGUGUGACUUGUUUCACCUGAAACAAAUCAUGCCAAAUAGAUAGCUGUUAGCCAGAAAGCAGGAUAACCAAAAUAAGCUUCUGUAAUUGACACUUUUGUCAUAUUUUAGAUUUUACACCAUAAUGUAAAUAUAGUAAAAUUAAAUACAAAUUAUAAUAAAAAAAUAGUGUCUUUUGUAAGAAUUGGACUUUCACAUUUUGUGUAAAAAGGGGAACUUAAUAUCCUCUGAAACUUACUUGGAACCCUUUCUUUCCCUCAAGGGAAACACUUAGGGUUAUACACAGAGGGACAACGAAGGAACCCUUAAUGGUUCUACAUUUUCUACAAGUGUAGAUACACAAAAUAUUGGACAGGAAAUAUGCAUAGUUUUCAGAAGUAUUCACUCCUAUAACUCAAUACCACAGCUGACAUGUGCUGCACAAUUACAGCUGCACAUUUUUGGAGACACUACCAUUUUUGCCCGUUCUUCUUGCCAAUCUUGCUUGUAAAGAAUCGGAUUUAGGUCUGGGCUUUAACUGAGCUAUUCUUAAAUAAUCAGGGAGUGUGCGUAGAUGUGAAGUAGAAUUAUUAACACGACAAAAACUUCAUUUUCAGCCUCGACCAACAAUGUAAACUUGCGAGUCAAGGUGAAGUAGUGAGGAUCUUCCUAAUGUGCUGGUGCUAAAGAUUGUACAGCUUGGAUAAACUUCCAUAAUUUGAAUUGCAACUUACAUGAAAUUACAUGCAUUAAUAAAAUUAACAGCUGCUACAAUCACAUGUUAAAAUAAAUCUUUCCAAAAUGUUUAAAAUAGCAGUAAUAUUGUAUUUAAAUACUUUUAUAAUCAAGUGUCAAGUGUAAAUAUGUUUGUGUUUUGUAUAGCUACAAAUAACACUGGGAUAAUUUAUGGGAAAUGUUACAGGCCACAUGUCUAUUGUAUAUUUACCGUUGUUUUCUGCAAUUUUUAUGAAAUUAGAUGAAACAUUCUAGUUUGUUUUGCCUGAAUACCAGCUUGGCUUCACUGGUGUG